CGAAACAUCCAUCAUGCCCCGCGCUCUCGCUAAAGUAGGGGACCGCGUCAUCGCGGAGACAGCGACUUGGAAGACCGUGGAGAAUAACAUCUACUUUCCCCGCUCAGCAAUCAUCGAUGAUACCAUUUUGCAAGACUCCGAUCGUUCCACCUUUUGCCCUUGGAAAGGCUACGCCUCUUACUGGCAUCUGAGGGUGGACGGACAGACUCUUGAAAAUGCAGCGUGGUAUUACCGGGAACCCUAUGAUGCAGCGGCUGAUAUCAAGGAUCAUGUUGCUUUUUGUAAGUCAUUCCUGGUCCUGGUCCUU